GCUCCCACAGUAACACCCACAGCGCAGGACUAAUAUUGCUGACCAAUCCGUGGGUCCGAAUGCCGGUGGCCCGCCCUUCCCUUAUUUACAUUCCCGAGAAGCACUCCAGGUCUGUUUCUUCCGCUUCAGAACCUUCUCCCGGAAGUUAUUAGACCCGAGGCGGAACCGGAAGACCCGGGUACUGGUGCCACGUCCGUUGCUGUGCUGCGAACUCCCUGAGUGGGACCCUGGAGGGCGCGAUGGCAGAUUGGACUCGAGCUCAGAGCUCUGGUGCUGUGGAGGACAUUCUCGACAGAGAGAACAAGCGGAUGGCUGACAGCCUGGCCUCCAAGGUGACCAGGCUUAAAUCGCUGGCUUUGGACAUCGACAGGGACACAGAGGACCAGAACCGUUACCUAGACGGCAUGGACUCAGAUUUCACAAGUGUGACUGGCCUACUCACGGGGAGUGUGAAGCGCUUUUCCACGAUGGCACGGUCUGGGCGAGACAACCGGAAGCUUCUGUGUGGUAUGGCCGUGGUCUUAAUCGUGGCCUUCUUCAUCCUCUCCUACCUCUUGUCGAGGACAAGGACGUGAGCCAGUGGGAGCCAAGGGCAGCCAGGCUUUUAUACACCUGGCAUCCUGGUUUCCUAAGGACCUGACUACAAAAAAAAAAAAAAAUCCCUUUGAAAUUAUCAUCCUGGGUCAUUCAUCUUCCUAAGUCAGGACGACUGCAGCUGCCUCUGUCAUAAUGAGCUCAUCUUGGCUUGUCCUGUGUAUGAAGGAAGAAGAAAAGGGCAAAACCCAGUGCUACUCCCUGGUGCUAAAGACACUGGCAGAGCCAGAGCCAUGUUGUAUGAGAACGAGCCAGGUCUAUGCAAAGCAUCUGUGAGUCCCGAAUGGGCCCACUGUGGCCAGCGGCCACACUCCUCAGAAACCAGUAUCUUAAGGGUCUUCUGGUUUGCCCUAACCUGUUUAUGCCUGGUUUAAACCCGUGUCUGUGUCCUUGAAGAGUCUGAAACUGACAACCAGAAGGGAAUAUGGCCAUGAGCCCUCUCCAAAUGAUGGUCAUUGGCUGAGGCUACUGAUGAGGAGUCGACCUAGGCAGGCUGUACCCACCAGUCACUGGCAAGAGGCAAAGCCGUGGAUAGAGGAGUGGACUGCAGUCCAGAGGCACUGGACUAAGCUCCUUCUGGGCCACAAGGCCACGUGUCCAGGAGCACAGGCACAGAUGUGUGUGUCCUUGGGAUUGAGAAUCUUCUCAGUGUCAAAGAUGUCUCCACCCCCAGACAGACAGACAGACAGAGAGCUGUACCAGGUGGCUUUUCAGAGCCAGGCCGUGCUGGAGUGGUCUCUCUGCUGGGGAUCCUUAUGGGGCCUGAGGCCACCUAAGAAAUCAUUUGUGUAGUGGGAGCUUUUGACCUUGUACUGAACCUUGCCCUACCCUGUACAGCCAGUCUCCCUUGGUGUGAGGGAGAUUGAGCCACCUCCUCGUUGCAUAACUCCACAGACUUGCCUGCUCUGCCGGCCCUCCCUGCUGCCUUGGCCAGCCCCAUUUGCACAUAAACCGACCUGUGGGGCUGACAGGGCCAGCAGCUUAUGAGGACCUAGCACUUUGUGUCUUCACAUAAAAUAUCUUUAAGACAUGAGCUAUGAA